CAUUAAGGAAGGUAAGGUUUUGUUGUCUAAGGGACAGAAGUGCAGUUUAUUAGAUGGCAAUAUGUGACAAAGAACAUGGCAAAUCAUAGCUAGCAAUAAGGUGAGAGGAAGACACAAGGGAAACAGCAAUCAAAGAAGAAAUUAGAAGUUAAAGAUUCAAAAUCUGAAAUGGACACAAGCAAAAAACCCAAAGCACAAAAAGAAGAUGCAAACCUGAAAGUACCACUUCAAGCCACAAAGAAAAGAAAAAAGAAAAAAGGAGAAACUAUGCAUGAAAAUGAGAAUACAUCCAAAUCAAAGGAAGUCAUAUCUAAAACAAAAUCCGUGACAUUAAAACCUAAAGAAGCUAAAACCAAGGGGAAAAAGGGGCCAGGAUUGUCACACUUCAAUGUGACAGCUACUAAUAAACAGGGACCAGGAUCAGAACGAGGCUCAGAGGAUGAAGAGUUACCAAAGAAAUCAAAAAAGAAAGGUGGCAGUGAUAAUGUAUGUGAAGGUAAAGACAAGAUUCAAAAAGUGGAUAAAAAAGAACUUGAGAUGAAAAAUAAAAAAGUAAAAGUGAAGAAUAACUCUGGAGCGCAUACCAACGCAGUAAAAAAGGAUGGAAAACACAAAAAAAAAGGACAAGAGGUUGACAAUGAAAGUUCACAUUUCAGUUCAAAGAAUCUAAAGUCAUCAAUGGAGGAAACAAAUUCAAUGUUUAUGACCAAAGCUGAUGCAGCUAAAGAUUUGAAAACUAAGAAAAAGGCUGCUUUAAAUUCUAAUGUGGAGGAGGAAGAAAAACCAGUCAAGAACACAAAUAAGAAAGGGAAAAAGGGAAAGAAAUCUAAAAAGAAGGAGGACCGUUGUCUUUCACCAGUGAUUGAAGUGGAAAAUUUGGAGGAAUUUGUGUUGUGUCCAGCACCACAGGGCGUAACUGUCAAGUGCAGAGUGACAAGGGACAAAAAAGGGAUGGACAGGGGAUUAUACCCAACAUAUUAUGUACAUCUUGACAAUGAGAAGAAGGUUUUCCUAUUAGCUGGAAGAAAGCGGAAGAAAAGUAAAACCUCCAAUUACUUGAUUUCAAUUGAUGCUACCGACCUUUCACGAGGAGGAGAGAAUUUUAUUGGAAAACUAAGAUCCAACCUCAUGGGAACAAAAUUUACAGUAUUUGACAAUGGUGCAAACCCUGAGAGAGCCAAUGCUGAUUGGUCAAAUGUACGGCAAGAAAUAGCAGCAAUUAUUUAUGAAACAAAUGUUUUAGGAUUUAAAGGUCCAAGGAGGAUGACAGUUCUAAUCCCAGGGAUGGAUGAAGACUGUGAAAGGGUCCCUAUUCGUCCUCGAAAUGAUAAUGAUGGAAUUCUUCAAAGAUGGCAGAACAAGAACAAGGAUAAUUUGAUUGAAUUACACAACAAAAGUCCUGUAUGGAAUGACGAAACACAGUCUUAUGUGCUGAACUUUCAUGGACGUGUUACACAACCUUCUAUCAAGAACUUCCAGAUAGUGCAUGCUGAUGACCUUGAUUACAUCAUCAUGCAGUUUGGGCGCAUAGCUGAUGAUACUUUUACCAUGGACUAUAGGUAUCCUAUGUGCACGGUUCAAGCUUUUGCCAUCGCAUUAUCCAGCUUUGAUGGGAAAUUAGCAUGUGAAUAAUUGAUUGGAACAAUAGCUCUUAAAUCUACUUGCUUUUUGUGAAUGCCCUCACUGAUUAAAAUUAACAUUUAAUAAAACAAAAA